UUGCGGGGUUGGUCCACUUCGGUCCGAGCUCCGGCCGGUCAUAGAUACACGAGUCAAAUGCAAUCGUAUUGGUAUUAGUACACUAAUGUGAAAGAGUAUGGACGGCAUUCAUUAUACGUUAUCUCGAUCCGCAUAGUUAAAGAGAACACGGAAUACAUUUCAUCAUAAUUUAGCCACCUUUUGCCAUGGCAAUCCAGAAUGCGUCUCCAGUCGUCAGCUCCACUGGCAAAACACGCCUCCAACAAUCUUUAGAGCAGGCGAAGGACAAUCGAGGACCCAGCCUGGGGCAAUGGCUAACCUUUCCUGGCCAUGCGCUCGCAAAGACAAUUGCCUCGCUUGGUCCAGACUGGGUUCUCAUCGACUGUGAGCACGGUCAUAUCGACGACCAUGACAUGUAUCUUCAGAUCAGUGCCAUCUCGUCGAGCGGAGUUUCGCCCGUUGUGAGACUCCCAGCAGAUGAGCCGUGGAUGGUGAAGCGAGCACUGGAUGCUGGAGCGCAUGCUAUCAUGGUGCCCAUGUGCGAGACUAAGGAGCAGGCGCAAAGAAUCGUCGAAUCGGCAAAAUAUCCUUCCAAAAGGUAUCCUACUGGAUUUAGGGGUACUGGAGCUAUGUUCGCCCCAGCAGCUUUUAAUCUAACCGGGCGUGAUUAUCUCCUCAAUGCGAAUACCAAUGUUAUGAUAUUUGUCCAAAUCGAGUCGCGAAAAGGCGUAGAAAAUGUAGAAGAGAUUGCGAACGUUGACGGAAUUGAUAUGCUCUUCAUCGGCCCAAAUGACCUUGCCUCUUCACUUGGCUACGUAGCUUUCGAUCAUGCUACAACUCCCGAGGUUCAGGAGGCCACAGAGCGCGUUCUCAAAGCCACAUUAGCAGCAGGAAAGUAUGCGGGUCAUUUCGCACUUGAUGCUGCAACAGCUGCGGAAAGAUACAAGAAAGGCUUCCAUUUUGUGAAUUGCGGCGCCGAUAUUGUUGCUCUCACAGCCUCGAUAUCUGCUGAGGUCCAGAGGGUGAAGGCUUUGACAUCUGAGACUGCAGGUAGCGCCGACAAUGCUCGUACAAACGGUGAUGCGCCCAAUGACGACGGUUCAAUAGAAAGUAGAAAUUCAGAUAAUAUAAAAGUUUACUGA